AUGUCUAGGGAAUGUCCUCAGAAUAAGAAUCAGAUACAAGGGAGGAGCACCGAUCGAGUUUAUACUUUGGGGAUGGAUUGGCUUUCCGCCAAUUCGGUGUUUAUUGGAUGUGAAGAGAAGUUGAUUAUCAUUCCAUCUAAUGAAGCUACUCCAAAGGAUGUAUUAGCUACUAUCUUGGAAGGUACGGUUGGUAUGGUUAAUUUCUUAUUUGAGAAUGAAAAGUCAGUUCUCUUGGUACUUACCAAGGAAUAUAGUGAUAAUCUGAGUGUUACACAAAUUCCUGUCAUUUGUGAAUUUCCGGAAGUUUUUCCUGAGGAUAUCACCUCUCUUCAUCCUAAAAGGGAAGUGGAAUUGUCUAUUGAUCUGAUACCUGGGACGACUCCAAUCUCCGCCUCUCCGUAUUGCAUGGCUCCACUCGAGUUGAGAGAGUUGAAGAAUCAAUUGGAAGAGUUGUUAACCAAGCAUUUCAUCCAACCUAGUGUCUCGCCAAGGGGAGCUCCAGUGUUAUAA